AUGACGACUAUGCUGGCACAACAAUGGGAGUCGCAGCCGGAGCUGCGACGCCUUGCACAGAAACUUCAGCUAGUUCAACUUACGGGGCCGAACAUCAACAGAGAUGUGCUGGUGCAAAAUGAGCUGGUGCUUACACCAGCUCUUCAACAGUUGGGGAUGCGGCCAAGCGUGCAGACAGCGAUGGUCCAUGUGAAGUCGCUCUAUGAUUUAAUGGGCCUGGAUGUCAAUGGCGCUCUGAUUUACACCCAGGGCUGGGCCUUGCGCCGCAUGGUCAGCCUGUUCAAUGGCAUAGUCCGUCGGGGACACACUCCUCGCGAGCCCGCAGUGCAAAGGAUGAUGGUUGCAGUUGGGUUGACCAUUGAACAGCAUGGCUCAGAGGGCACUUCAGACAAUGAUUCGAUGUCAGAUGAAUGUGAAAGUAUGGAGUCUGAAGCCCCAACGGAUGAUGGGGAAGUAGUCGAUGGUGAUGAUGAUGUUCACGAUGUGGAAAUGAGCCGCUAG